UCUCCAAACUGUUUUUUUCUUUUCUUUCGGUAUUUCUCUCUCUGGUCUGCGCAGUGAAUGAACGAGCCUCUUUAACAUAUUCAGACCAACGUCAUCCUCUGAAGGUGGAUCAUGCCGCGCAGCCUUGUCUAUAAAACACCCCGCAGCCCGCUCUCUGAGGAGGAAUAGUUGCCGGUUUGGCAGAGAAGGGGAGAAAGAAACUUUGCUUUCAAAGUACACGGAUUGUUUUCUCUCUCCCACAGCUGACGGGACGCUGGUUGGAGGUAAGUCCUCUGUCCGAGUCCUGUUACUGGACACAAAGUUGUCUUGUUAUAUCGUCCUGAUUCCUGAGUGACUAAUUUCUUCAACUUUGUUUUCAUCCUGUUCGCCUCCUCUCCUCUCAGCUUUCGUUUACUUCGCCAGGCCUGUUAAUCCGCUCCAUGCUUGUAGCCUACUGUAUUCAAAUCCCCUUUCUUCUUCUACUAAAAAAAAAAAUGAUUUAUUGCCAUUGCUCCAUAAACCUUGGGCCGCCCGGGGGGAGUUGGUGGCUGAGCCCUCUGAACUGUACCUAUAAAGGGGCAUAACCUAAUAGACAAGCCGGCGCAUGUAAACCUGUAAAACUAUUUGGAAUAGUUGACAGCUAUCCUCAUUUUGAAGGAGUAGCCGCAGCGGAAUGGAGGGGAAUUUCCGCACAGGAGAGAAUUAAGCACGUUUUUUUUCAUAUAAACCACGUGAGCCUGUGCAGGCGCAUCCAUCCGGUCUGAUUACUGUUGUAUUAUAAAUAUAUUUGGAGGCGCGUAUGUCUGCGUAACAGACUUAAUUACAUGAUUGAAGGCAUACAUUAUUGUUGUUUCUUCCAACAAAACAAUUACUUAUUUUGAUUUGAGGUAUUGCACAUUCAUUCCAGAAGUGGCCACAAAUAAACCCAGUGCAUCCUCACUGCAUAUUUCAGAUUGGAUAGGGAGGCCAAAGUCCAGCUUGUAUGAUAACUGUUAUUAUUAUCCUUUAACUAGCUGUAAUAGCAGCUUAUAACGACUCUCCGCCAUUGGCUGUCUCCAUGGGUUCAGAAAGAGUUGAGAUUCACACUGCCCCUUUCCGCUUUGUCUGGCUGAGCUGGUGAGGUAAAACCCACGCAGACCAGGCUAACACACAUUUAUUUUUUAUGUGGACAGACCUUACGGAGGAGAAGAAGAACAAGAAGUAGAAACUGGACACAGAAGAUUUGCGCAACGCCGUCGUUUUUGAACGGGACAGAAGCGCCUUUACGCACGGACACAGGUGGAUGCUGGGAAGCGGCCCAAGCUCUUUUAGGAGAUGUUACCCAUGGCCCAGUUUGGGGUGCUGUCGGCUCUGGCCACCGCGCUCACAUCGAUCCUGUCCGCGCUCUUGCUGCUGGUGCUGACCCGGCAGCUGUGGAGCAUCCGCUGGAGCCUGACCCGGGACAAAGAGAGCAGCCUGCCGCUGCCGAAGGGCUCCAUGGGCUGGCCGCUGGUCGGAGAGACUUUCCACUGGCUCUUCCAGGGUUCCAACUUCCACAUCUCGCGCCGAGAGCGUCACGGCAACGUGUUUAAGACCCACCUCCUCGGGAAGCCCGUCAUCCGGGUGACGGGCGCAGAAAACAUCCGCAAGAUCCUCCUGGGAGAGCACAGUCUGGUGUGCACCCAGUGGCCCCAAAGCACCCGCAUCAUCCUGGGACCCAACACCCUGGUCAACUCCACCGGAGACCUGCACAAGAGGAACAGAAAAAUCCUGGCUAAAGUGUUUAGCCGGGGGGCUCUGGAGUCCUACCUGCCCCGGCUGCAGGACGUCGUCAAGUCUGAGAUCGCCAAGUGGUGCUCGGAGCCGGGCGCCAUCGACGUUUACAGUGCAGCAAAGUCCCUGACGUUCCGUAUCGCCGUCAGGGUCCUGCUGGGUCUGCAGAUGGAGGAGGAGCGGAUCGUUUUUCUGGCCCGGAUCUUCGAGCAGCUGAUGAACAACCUCUUCUCGCUGCCCAUCGACGCUCCGCUCAGUGGGCUACGCAAGGGGAUAAAAGCCAGAGAAAUCCUGCACGCCAACAUGGAGAAAAUCAUUGCGGAAAAGAUGGAGCGGCAGCAGGCGGAGGAAGAAUAUCACGACGCCUUCGACUACAUCCUGUCCAGUUCCAAGGAGCACGGCCAGCCACUCAGCAUCCAGGAGCUCAAGGAAACAGCAGUGGAGCUGAUCUUCGCCGCUCACUCAACCACGGCCAGCGCCUCCACGUCUCUAAUCCUGCAGUUACUCCGCCACCCAGCGGUGGUGGAGAGGGCCCGGACGGAGCUGGAGGCCGAGGGCCUCGGCCACGAGUCCCACAGCGGUCGCGGCCCAUCCGGUGUCCCCGUGGAGAAAGAGGAGGAUGCUGCCGCAGACACGGAGACGAGCUGCCCGCUGAGCGGUGGUUGUGAGAGUCACCAGAAGCACCGGGAUGGCUUCCCACAGUCUCAGUCUUACAUGCCGUACCUGAGCCUGGACAAGCUGAGCCAGCUCCGCUACGUCGACUGUGUGGUCAAAGAGGUGCUCCGCUUCCUGCCGCCGGUCUCCGGUGGUUAUCGGACAGCAUUGCAGACGUUUGAACUCGAUGGCUACCAGAUCCCCAAAGGAUGGAGUGUAAUGUACAGCAUCCGGGACACUCACGAGACCGCCGCGGCCUUCCAGAACCCGGAGCUGUUUGACCCGGACCGGUUCGGCCCGGACCGGGAGGAGAGUCGGGCGGCUCGGUUCAGCUACGUGCCGUUCGGCGGUGGCGUGCGGAGCUGCGUAGGCAAAGAACUGGCAAAGAUCAUCCUCAAGACUCUGGCAGUGGAGCUGAUCGGGACCUGCAAAUGGACUCUGGCCACAAAGAACUUCCCCAAGAUGCAGACGGUGCCGAUAGUGCACCCGGUCAACGGCCUGCAUGUGAAUUUCACCUACAACCACCCGCUUUAAAAACACAGUUUGACAGACUUUCAAAAAGAACUCCCCCAAAAGGCAUCUCAACCUUCAGUUUGCUUUUGGAAAAAAAACUGUCCGAACCUAAGAAAGGAGGCGCAAGCACCUCGCCGGGCCUGAGUGGGCGAUUCGGGCCACCUUUCAUAUCCACGGGCAUGUAGCAGGGGUUUACAUUGCUGGUGUGGAGCAUGUCAUCAUCUCCACGGUGGUUCAAACCUAAGAAAACCCUUUUCUGUUGUAGCACAAGUUUAUUUGUAACCACCGGAUGUGUUCACCUGCAUGAUUCCUCAGCUUAACUGAAUUCAUGGAACAAAGGUGCAACUUAAAAGCAAGUCUGUGUAGCCCUAUAGAACAUCUGGGUAUGCCGAGUGAACAGACAACACACCGACUGUCGAUAGCAAGAGAGAAAGUCUUUCCAUGGAGCCAUCACAGCUCCAGAUUAUUGGCUCUGACCAAGCGCCAAAACAUUCAGCCGGUCAAAUUCUUCCAGUCCAGGGACGGAGAAGCAGGGACUUGACUUCCGAUAACUGCGCAGAAUCAACACGAUUCACAGACUUUGACACUAUAUCUUAAAACCUGGCAUUGCCUUCCUGAACUGCCGGUGAGCAGCGUACUCUGUGCCUGCCAGCUGCAUGAAAAUACAUAAAAACUCAAAGAUAAAUGUUCUUUAUUCAACCUAAAUGUGACAGUUUGAACCCGACUCGAGUCAGGCAUACAGUGAAAAGAUCUAAGUAUUUUAAAACUUGGACUCAUAUUCAGUUGUGUUUGUCCUAAAUUAGUUUUGCAAUGACCUCCACCGCUAAAACACGUUUACUGAUGGAACUUGUACUUAACUUUGAUGCAUAACUCCCACAACCAGGAACUACCCAGACAUCGAGGUCCAAUGCAUUCAAACUGUUCUGUUUUUUGAACAUGAAUGUAAUAUACAGUAUAUCCCUAACAGUGCUAUUAUGUGUGUAUGAAAUGAAGUAGCAUUAUGAAUAAGCUGUAUUUAAAAUGCAGAUGUAUCAUUUCCGUUGUGCUUUUAUUCUAUCUGUAACAAUAUUUACUGUAAUUAUGAAUAGAUAGACACUAACCUGUAAUGUAAAAGGAAUGUCCAUAAAACUUUAUUUCACUGCCAGUACAUAGACAUAUUUCAUUGUUUAGAGCAGCAUAUAUAUACAGAGUAAAGUUAUUGUUAUUAUUAUUAUUAUUAUUAUUAUUAAUGGUCUAAUUUUAAGACUGUUUCUGUCUGGGUCUUGAAGCCUAAUAGACGCGCUGUGAAUUCUUAUGUACGGAUGGAUUCGUGGAAGGAGAUAGCACUUUCUCUGCUUUAAGGAGUGUGUAUAUAUGUGUCCUGUUUGUGCAUUUGCUGAGUGUAUCAGAUGUAGCUGCUGUACAGCUGAUGUAAAGAGUAAAUUAGAAGAUGAAAAACAAAAAACGUUGUUGUUUUACGAGUUUGUCAUAUCUUGUUUUCAACGAGGACAAGGAGUGGUUUUAUUUGUUUGUUGUCGAGCAACAUGUUUAUAAUUCAUUG